UACUUCGGAAGUGUGAUACAGGGAAUGCCUGCCGGCGCGCGGCGGAGCGCGGAGCCGAGACGUGACGUUUCAGGUUGGCAGUCUCAGGUCGCGCGUGUAAACACGGUCACGUGACUAGCCACGUGUAGCUACCGUCGUUCUGUGCUAUUUAAAGGGGAAUACCCCAGUCGCCCGUAAAUGUCCAAAUGUCACCUCCGCACUGUUCACGAACUGCGCAGAUUCAGAUUGCGAGCCGAACGUUAACUGGUUACGCUUAAUUUAAACAAAGCUGAUUUCAGUGGGACCUGGCUGAGUAUUUAGCGUAGCUUUCGUGAAGUGCCCUACUUGGUGACUGGCUACGUUCAGCAGGUCGGAGAGCUUGUGAUGUUUCUAAGAACUCGAGUGGCGAGUGCAAUCUGAAUGCAGAAGGAACCCCCUGACUGCCAGACGGCAGAGGGCAGCCUUCCUGUGUUCGUCUUCCCCACGGAGCUGGUCUUCUAUGCUGAUGAGCAGGCCUCGCACAAGCAGGUGCUCACGCUGUACAACCCCUAUGAGUUCGCCCUCAAGUUCAAAGUGCUAUGCACGGCACCCAGCAAAUAUGCCGUGGUGGAUGCCACGGGAGCCGUGAAGCCCCAGUGCUGCGUGGACAUAGUGAUCCGGCACAGGGACGUGCGGCCGUGCCACUAUGGCGUGAUGGAUAAGUUCCGCCUCCAGGUGUCAGAGCAGAGCCAACGCAAGGCCCUGGGCCGCAAGGAGGUGAUGGCCACCCUGCUGCCCUCGGCCUCCCAGGAAGCGACGCAGCCCCGUUCUCAGGAAGAGGAGCACCGCAUGAAGGAGCAACUCGCUGACAGCGUCUUCUUUGAGCAGGCAGCCUAUCAGACAGAGAGCCGCGUGGUGUCCGGGGGCCCCAGUCUGCUCGCCGUCCUGCUGGGGCUGGGCUGCGUGGCGGCCCUCCUACUUCCCACCCUUGGCGAGCUGGACUCCAUUGUGCCUGUCUACCUCCACUUGAGUGUCAACAAGAAACUUGUUGCUGCCUACGUUCUGGGUCUUCUCACAAUGGUGAUUCUGCGGCCAUGAACCGGUGCCCUAGAGAGAAACAAAGACACGGAGGGGACAACUGGGGAAGAGCAGAUACACACACGUACACGCGGCCCUCGUGUGUCAAUGAAGGAGAUGCUGUGCGGGAAUCCCUGCCCUCAGCUAACAGGACAAUGUCUCAGUAUAAACACUACACCCAGAGACACAUUGAGGACGAGAAUCCCAUCAUGCACUGGGCCUUAUUUAUAGGGCUUAUGAUGGACAGAUAGCACAAGUGACAGAACUAAGGGGGAGCAGGUGUGUAGGUUGAGUAAAGGCAUAGGGAGACCUUUAUUAAAAGCUCUGUUUGACCUAA